AGACACGAAGGAGAAACGGGUUUGCCGAAGACAGACCGAAGAGCGCGGGAAGAUGGCAAGUACGCUCUCGUUCUCUUUGAGGACUUUUAUCAAACAGUUCUCGCCUCUUUCGAAGCGAACGCGGUUCAAUUUUCCGAUCCGGACCAGCUUCAAGCGACUCAACGUCACCUGCAAUUCUUCCAGAUUUCUUCACUUUGAAACCCUAACUUCCCGCCAAAAGGACCAGGUUCAUCUUUUCGUGGACGCUCUUCUUCAGUGGAACCAGAAAAUGAAUCUUACGGCUAUUACGGAAGUAAAUGAAGUGAUGGAAAGGCACGUCGAGGAUUCUCUGGCUAUUAUACCGCCAAUUCGAAAUCUGUACUUGUCGCAUUGUUCGACUAUUCCAUGCAAUGACAUUAAACUCGUUGAUGUUGGAACGGGGGCUGGGCUUCCAGGAUUGAUUAUAGCUAUUGCUUGCCCAGAAUGGCAUGUAACGUUGAUGGAGUCUAUGAAUAAGCGGUGUCUUUUCUUGGAGCAUGCAGUGGGUCAUACCGGUUUGACAAAUGUUCAAGUUGUGCGAGGAAGAGCAGAGAAUUUGGGACAUGAUCUUUCCUUACGGGAGAAAUUUGAUGUAGUAGUGGCUAGAGCUGUCGCAGAAAUGAGAAUUUUAGCUGAAUAUUGUCUUCCUAUGGUUCGUGUUGGCGGUUUGUUUUUAGCUGCCAAAGGCCACGAUCCUCUUGCAGAAGUCACAAAUGCAGGAAAGGCAAUUGAAAUGAUGGGUGCCUCCUUACUGCAAAUAUGCCCUGUGGAAUCACAUAGUCCAUAUGGGCAGCGAACUGCCGUUGUUUGUUUUAAAGAACGGCACACUCCGAGGAAGUAUCCUCGUGAUCCAGGUAAGACUUCUGACCAUCCGAUAAGAUGGAUGUUUCUUAAUCUUCCUCGUUAGCUUUUCAUGGAUGCGAUUCUGUAAAUUGCUUUGCCAUCUAAUCGUUUCUCUUAUGUCAAGUUACCUAUUAUUGCACUGCACCAAGGACAAAGGAAUAAACCUUGCUGAACCCAACUUGGAAAGAUUCGCCAGAGGGAAAGGUUGAUAAACCGUGUCGCCAGGUAUAAAGGCUAUAAGCUGUACUUAUAAUUGCUAGAUUAACCUGAUUUGAGUUCAAAGUAUAUAAUUAAGCUUGUUAAUAAAUAGAAAUUUGGAUGCGAUGUCUUAUUCGAUGAUGAAUUUUAGCUAAACAGCCAAGUUUGGAAUUAAUUUACACCAUUAUCUUUAGUCAAAA